AGGAACUACGCUUCCCAGCAGGCCGCUCGGCGGCGCAAGCGCAGAAGGCGCCUCGAGGCGGAAGCGGAGCGAGCGAGACGGAGCCAGGAUGGCUUCUGAAGGUGCAGGCUGCCUGCACACAGUCCACUGCUCCCUGAAGAAGUGUUUCCACGUCCUCCAGGAGCAGCACAAGGCCUGGAAGAGGGCACUGGCUGCCUGCACACCUCUCCUCAGCUCACUGGCCAAUCUGGCUGGGCAAAUGCAGGCCUCCCAGAAGGUUCCCUUUGCUAAUACCCCGUUGAAAGACUUUCCGGGUCUGCCGGAGAGGCUCAGGUGUAAGCAGCGAUGUGCAGUGGAGGCUUUGUUGGAGGAGCUGCAGCAGGACCAGCUAACCGAACUCCAAAAGGUACGGGAUAUUGCUGGUGCUCACGUGGCCAGUGUUUUCCUGCUCUGUGAGCAGCAAGCAGAUGGUCUAAGCCUGGAGGCCUUCUUCCAGCGGUCUGCACUCUGCCCUUCAUUGGCAGACAUGCUGGAGUGGUUGCUGGAUGUUGAAGAGUGUUACCACCGCGUAUACCUGGGGGUCAAGUUGCUCUUCCUCCAGGUCAGCUGUGAGAACAUGAUGGAGAUGCAAGGUCUCCCCAAAGCCUGGGAGCAGGUGCUGCAGCAGGGAGUCCAAAACACAGUAGAAGGGAUGCCUGGAGGACAGCAGUUGCUGGACUGUUACUGGAUGCUCACAGUGAUUUAUGCCAUUGAGGACACUGUGCUAUAGUUGUGUCUUUAUGUGGGAGAUGAGAUAAGCUUUCUUGGAAAAGACUCAAAGGAAUUUGUCUGAAGGAUCUGCCUUUUGCAACAUCUCCCAUUGCUGUUCAGCCCAGAGAUAGAAAUGGAACUCCACUCUAGGGCCAAAUGUUGCACCCAGAUGUCACAUAUUCAGCUCUCUCUGAAGAAUGCAACAGCUUCCCAAAAUCUGCUGUCAUCCCUACCAGAUUGGUGAAGUUAGGCAUGCCUGUUUUGGAGCAGGAGAAGUUAUUUGGGGAGUGGCUUCCACUGAUGAAAUCAAGCAGGGUGGGGAAUAUGGAAACCACGGCAAGCACAAUAUAGUGGUACUCUAGUGUCUACACUGCUUGGCUGAAGCUUUCAAGGUGCUAGUCUAGUUUUAUAAAUGCCUUAAAUAUUUGAGACUGUGAACUGUUGUAGUGUAAUUGACUGUGAACUGUUGUAGUGUGAUUGUGU